CACAAUGCACCGCGGCACCACGCUCCACUCCAAUGAGGUGGACCGCAGCAGGACAAGAUGGCGGUGACACCCGCAAGAAGAUCUUCUUUGUACGAUUUAGGUGUGUGGGCAGACAGGACAGCCCUCCAUGAAGCUGCCUCUCAGGGCAGAACUCUGCAGGUGAGACAGCUGAUCCAGAGUCAGGCGUCAGUCAACAUGGUGACAGUGGACAACAUCACUCCGCUGCACGAAGCCUGCUCACAAGCUCAUGUGCUGUGUGCACGAGUGCUGCUGGAAGCCGGAGCUCAGGUGGAGGUGCGUAACAUCCACGGCAGCACAGCGUUGUGUAACGCCUGUAGGGCCGGCAGUGUGGAGUGUGUCCAGCUGCUCCUGCAGUACGGAGCCAAGGUCAACCCCUCCCUCACCUCCUUGACCGCCUCCCCUCUGCACGAGGCCUGCAUUCACGGUAAGGAGGAGAUAGUCCACCUGAUGAUCGUCAGCGGGGCUCACCUGGAGGCCUACGACGUGCACCUGGGACCACCUCUGCAUGUGGCCUGUGCUCAAGGUCACCUGAAGUGUGCCAGACUUCUUCUGCUGGCAGGAGCCCAGGUGAACUCCAAGAAGUUCCACCAGACCGCCCUGCACAUCGCUGCUGGACUGCACAGGCCAGACCUGAUCCAGCUGCUGCUGGACUUCGGAGCAGACGUGCAGGCCACAGACCAGCAGGGCAAGAAAGCGCUGGACUUCACCACACCUGGCUCUCCCUCGCACACCUGCCUCAGACUGCACCAAGGUAACCCUCUGAGCCUCCAGCACCUGUGCAGAAUCUGUGUGAGGAGGCUUCUUGGCACCAGGGCUUCCAAGGUCAUAGGUCAGCUGGACGUCCCCCCCAUCAUUCAAAGCUACCUGCAGUUCUCUCUGUAGACACAAACAAUCACACUCUGAGGCAGGGGUUCUGCACCAUAGCCUGUUUUUUUUCAGCUGCAGUACUUCUCUCCACCACUGGUGGCACUCAUGACAAGGUGCAAUAAAGAGAAGCAGCCAAAGCAAGA